UUAUCCAAACACAAUUAUAACACAAUUAUCCGUAGACCCAAAGACCCACCUUCUUCUUUCUUACUCUUCUCUCUCCUCACACGUGCAUAAAUCCUUCUGAGUUAUGUCUUCCUCGUACACAAACAUCUCUCUCUUUAUUGCGUCUCCACCCUCUAAAACCCAACACAUCCCUUUCUCUCGUCUCUCGUUAUUGCGUCUCCACCACCAAACCCAACGCAUCUCCCUCUCUACUCUCUCCUCUUUCGUUGUUGGGUCUAUACCCCCAAACCCAACACAUCUCCUUCUCUCAUCUUUCGUCUCUUGUUACUGUGUUUCUACCGUAAACCCAACAUAUCUCCCUCUCUGCGCUCUCCUUUCUCGUCACUGCGUCUCCGCCCUCAAACCCAACACAAACUCAGCGAUGUAGUUCCUAACCAAGCCCAGUGAGGUGAU